CUAUCUGCAAAUCCUCCUCCUUUCUCUCUCUAGGGUUACUUUCUCUCUCUACAUCUUCAAAAUUUGUCCCUCAUUACAUCAUCUUCCGAGCAUGGCCGGAAUUCGAUUACCUCCGGAAGACACCGAUGCUUCACAGUUGCGACCGCCAAUAACUGCCGAUCUGAUUUCCGAUGAUGACCGCUCUGUUGCUGCUGACUCUUGGUCCAUCAAAAGUGACUACGGAAGUACUCUUGACGACGAUCAGCGUCACGCUGACGCAUCUGAAGCUCUCGCCGCACCCUAUCGUGCCGCCUCCGAUUACAGUUCUGACAAGGAAGAACCUGAUGCUGAAACAAUUACAUCGAUGCUAGGGUUCCAAAGUUACUGGAAUGCACAAUAUGCAGAUGAAUUGACAAAUUUUCGUGAACAUGGGCAUGCUGGUGAAGUUUGGUUUGGUGCUGAUGUCAUGGAAAUGGUUGCAUCCUGGACAAAAGGCCUAUGUGUUGACAUUUCUCAAAAGCAAGUGCAUAAUCAUCAUGACAAUGACAAUUCUGAGCUUAAUAGACAAGGAGAUACAGAUUUAGCAGCAUGGAGCGUACUUGAUGUUGGAACUGGCAACGGAUUGCUUCUUCAAGAACUUUCUAAGCAGGGGUUCUCUGAUCUAACCGGAACAGACUAUAGUGAAGGAGCCAUUGACCUUGCUAGAAGCCUUGCGGACCGUGAUGGAUUUGCUAAUAUCAAACUCUUGGUUGAUGAUGUUCUUGAAACCAAGUUGGAUAAGAAGUUUAAUCUGGUUACGGACAAAGGGACUUUAGAUGCAAUUGGACUGCAUCCGGAUGGCCCUGUUAAAAGGAUUAUGUAUUGGGAAUCCAUCUCAAGAGUUGUAGCUCCUGGUGGCCUAUUGGUGAUUACUUCAUGCAACAACACGAGAGAAGAAUUGGUAGCGGAAGUUGAGAACUUCAAUCAAAGAAAAGCUGGAGAAGGAGCAGAGGAAUCCAAAACGUUUUGCUACUUGGAUCAUAUUCGGUCAUACCCAACGUUCAUGUUCGGAGGAUCGGUUGGGUCCCGUGUUGCAACUGUCGCGUUUCUGCGUAGCUAAGCUAAGCUAUAUACGGUCUAAAACCUGAGGAGAAAACAAAAGAAAAAUUUUCAAAAAAAACUGGACCGGUUUUUUGAUUUUGUUGACCAUUUGUGAAAGGUUCAACUUUACUUAUUAUUAACAUGUUCAUUUGUAUCAGCUCUCUGUUUGUAAGACCUUUACCCACUCAAAUCUCUCAACAACUUUAAUUGUUAAAACUGC